AGACCUGGUGAAGAAUCAAUUAAAAACUCUGACACACGAACUGGAGCCUGAAGACCUGUUUCACAGGUUUACCCAGAAGAAAAUAAUCCUGUAACAUUAGCGCUUGGAAGCCGAUGGAGUCAAGACUUCUGAGACACGUCCCGGGGUUUGCAGGACAGACCGGCGCUUUUCUGAAGUGCUAGUUAAAGGAUUACAGCUUCCCAGUAAGCACCAGUAAGCAUCGGGCCAACGGCAGCAUGGUGGAGCAAGAGGGGUUACCACCACGUGGGCCACCCGAGGACAACCGUUACUCCGCGGCCGUUAUGACCUCCCGGUUACGUGCGUUGGGUGGAAGAAUUAAUAAUACACGAACCUCCGAAUUGCCCAAAGAGAAAACUCGAUCCGAGGUCAUCUGCAGCAUACGCUUUUUAGAUGGCUUGGUACAGACCUUUAAAGUUAAUAAACAAGAUUUGGGCCAGUCGCUUCUGGAUAUGGCCUAUGGCCACCUGGGUGUGACGGAGAAGGAAUACUUUGGCUUGCAACAUGGCGACGAUCCAGUGGACUCUCCUAGAUGGCUUGAGGCAAGCAAACCCCUCAGGAAGCAGCUGAAAGGAGGUUUCCCCUGUACCCUGCAUUUUCGAGUAAGAUAUUUUAUACCUGAUCCCAACACACUGCAGCAGGAACAAACCAGGCAUUUGUAUUUCUUACAACUGAAGAUGGAUGUUUGUGAAGGAAGGUUAACCUGCCCUCUCAACUCUGCGGUGGUUCUAGCAUCCUAUGCAGUCCAAUCUCAUUUUGGAGACUUUAAUUCGUCCAUACAUCAUCCAGGCUAUCUUGCUGACAGCCAGUUCAUACCAGAUCAAAAUGAUGACUUUUUAAGCAAGGUGGAGUCACUCCAUGAACAGCACAGUGGGCUAAAGCAGUCAGAAGCCGAAUCUUGCUACAUCAACAUAGCUCGAACCCUUGACUUCUACGGCGUGGAGCUUCAUGGAGGCAGAGAUCUGCACAAUUUAGAUCUAAUGAUUGGAAUUGCGUCUGCAGGCAUUGCAGUCUACCGAAAAUACAUUUGCACAAGUUUCUACCCUUGGGUGAACAUACUCAAAAUUUCUUUCAAAAGGAAAAAGUUCUUCAUACACCAGCGGCAAAAACAGGCUGAAUCCAGGGAACAUAUAGUGGCCUUCAACAUGCUGAAUUACCGAUCUUGCAAAAACUUGUGGAAAUCCUGCGUUGAACACCAUUCGUUCUUUCAGGCAAAAAAGUUACUACCUCAGGAAAAGAAUGUUCUGUCUCAGUACUGGACUCUAGGCUCCAGGAACCCCAAAAAGUCUAUAAAUAACCAAUAUUGCAAAAAGGUGAUUGGAGGGAUGGUAUGGAACCCAGCCAUGAGGAGGUCCUUAUCGGUGGAACGCCUAGAAACCAAGAGUCUGCCUUCCCGGUCCCCUCCCAUCACUCCCAACUGGCGAAGUCCACGGCUCCGGCAUGAAAUCCGCAAGCCCCGCCAUUCCUCUGUGGACAACCUGGCCAAUGAGAUGACCUACAUCACAGAGACCGAGGAUGUGUUCUAUACCUACAAGGGAUCCCUAUCCCCCAAAGACAGCGACUCAGAAGUUUCCCAGAACCACAGCCCACACCGGGAGAGUUUGUCCGAAAACAACCCAGCCCAAAGCUGCCCGACCCAGAAGUCAUCCAGUUCUGUGUCUCCAUCUUCAAAUGCUCCAGGCUCCUGCUCCCCAGAUGGAGUUGACCAGCAGUUCUUAGAAGACUUCCACAAGGUGACCAUAGGGGGAUCCAUCGAGGACGCCAGCCAGUACUACUGUGAUAAGAAUGAUGACGGAGAUGGUUACCUAGUCCUGAUCCGGAUCACACCAGAUGAAGACGGAAGAUUUGGAUUUAACCUGAAGGGAGGAGUGGAUCAAAAGAUGCCGCUUGUGGUCUCAAGGAUAAACCCAGAGUCGCCUGCAGAUACCUGCAUGCCUAAGCUGAAUGAAGGGGAUCAGAUCGUCUUGAUCAAUGGCCGGGACAUCUCAGAGCACACUCACGACCAGGUGGUGAUGUUCAUCAAAGCAAGCCGGGAGUCCCACUCGAGAGAACUGGCCCUGGUGAUCCGGAGGAAAGCUGUGCGCACGCUGGCGAUCAGAUCGGAGGAGGAUGAUCUGAGUCAGCUUUUCCCAGAAGCCAUGUUUCCUGCGUGUCCUGAGGGUGGGGACAGCCUAGAGGGAUCCAUGGAGCUGCUAAAAAAAGGUCUGGAAAGCGGUACAGUGUUGAUCCAGUUUGAGCAACUCUACAGAAAGAAGCCCGGCUUAGCAGUCACAUUUGCAAAGCUGCCUCAGAAUUUGGAUAAAAACCGAUACAAAGACGUGUUGCCUUAUGACACCACCCGGGUAUUAUUGCAGGGAAAUGAAGAUUAUAUUAAUGCCAGUUAUGUGAACAUGGAGAUUCCCGCCGCUAACCUUGUGAACAAGUACAUUGCCACUCAGGGACCGCUGCCACACACCUGUGCACAGUUUUGGCAAGUUGUCUGGGAUCAGAAGUUGUCUCUUGUUGUCAUGCUGACGACUCUCACAGAGCGAGGGCGGACCAAAUGUCACCAGUACUGGCCGGAUCCCCCUGACAUCAUGGACCACGGCAUCUUUCACAUCCAGUGUCAGGCAGAGGACUGUACCAUUGCUUACGUGUCCCGAGAAAUGCUAGUUACAAACACGGAGACCGGGGAAGAACACACAGUGACCCAUCUCCAGUAUGUUGCGUGGCCUGACCAUGGCGUACCUGAUGACUCGUCAGACUUCCUGGAGUUUGUGAAGUAUGUGCGGUCCCUGAGGGUAGACGGCGAGCCUGCCCUGGUUCACUGCAGUGCUGGAAUAGGUCGGACAGGUGUGUUAGUCACUAUGGAGACAGCCAUGUGCUUAAUUGAGAGGAACCUGCCUGUUUACCCACUGGAUAUUGUCCGGAAAAUGAGAGACCAGCGCGCCAUGAUGGUGCAGACAUCAAGCCAAUACAAGUUUGUGUGUGAAGCGAUUCUUCGAGUGUAUGAAGAAGGCUUAGUCCAGAGGCUGGAUCCCAGUUAAGGACAACUGUGAAGUGGUCAUUCCUCCUUCCCUAGGGCGACUUCCUGAAGAAGGGGACACACAUUCCCCUGGAGGCCCCCCCAGAGAUGCCGGUCACUGUGGGAAAGGGAUGAGCUUAUCUGAACCCAGGCACUUUAAAUUUCUGUGGAAAAGAUACCCUGUACAUAAGAACUGAUGGUGUAGAUAUGCAUGCAGCUAUGACUCCUUUGGGCCCAGAGAUAAGCAACAGGGGAUCUUCAGUUAGGAACUGUGUUUCUCCCUACAUAUCACCGUCCCCUGUCAUCCAUCCAUGAGCAAUGAGAGGGGACACCAGCAGUGCCCUCCCGCCAGAAGCCAGACAAUGUGGCUCCUUGUAGUUGCUCAGGUGUUUUGUGUGUUGUUCUGUGUGGGACUCCAAGGGCUGGACUUCCUUGGCAAUUGGUGUCCAUUAGCCCUGACACCAGGGAAAACUCAAUGAAUGUACCACAGGCAGGGCACAGGAGACUUCAGGCUGGAGGAUGAACAAGACCUAUUCUGCCCUCCCUCCUUUCCUCCCUCCCUCCCUCUGCCUCAUCGAUACCCCUUCUACGAUCCAAAGCACCCCAUUUCCCCACCCCAAAUUCCUUUUCUUCAGGAUCACGCCCAGUGCCUGAACCAGUUUCAUGAUGUAUGUUCAGGUGAAUUCUCAGCUGAGACUGGGAACUAGACUCUGCAUAAUGCUGAGUCUCGGCUUUGGAGGCAGGCAAGCCUCUGCUCACCCUUACUGUAUACUCGGACACCAUGACUGGAUUCUCCGACUACUGAAUCUCUGGAUUGCUGCUACUUCAAGCUCUCACACUUGAAACAAGACGAUUUUCUUGGGGGCGGGAAGGGGGGGAAAUGAUAGCAUCCAAAUAUUCAGAAUGUUGGACCCUUCUGAGAAAUGACCUUCUAGUAAGUGACCACGAGAAACACUGCUUCUCAAUCAAGGGUGGUGUGUGUGUGUGUGUGUGUGUGUGUGUGUGUGUUUCUGUCUGCCUGUCUGUCUGUCUUUGUGUCUCUGUGUAUAUGUGCGUGUCUGUGGGUUGGUGACUUUCUCAGGAUUCCUAACUUGAUUCAAAUUACUGUUGAGUUUGUGUAAAGAAUUCAUCUCUGUACAGAAGAACAAAUGCGUUCAUUCACCCUAGGUUACAAUGGUCUCCAUUUCAUUUCAGAGGAGAGAAUCAGACUAUCUGAAUAUAAACAAAUUUGAUGUUAAUUUAUUCUAAGUACUCUGGGAUUUUGAUUGUCCUAAAGAAUUCUGCUCUGUGAAUACCAUGUUAAUUUUUUUUAAAUUGUGGCAGGAUUGUAGCGAAUUAUUAUUUAAGGAAAAUAAAUUACACGAAUGCUUUAAGGUGGUAUUUUAAAUAGCCGUUUUUAUGUAUCGAAAAGAAAGUCAGCAGGUUUCUUAAGGGUAUUAUGGGAAAAGGAUACUUUGAUGUUAUCAUGUAUUAGACAAAGCUACAUAGAUCCUUAGCAGAUACUGGACCAAUUAAAGCGUUUCCUCGUUGCAAGAUGGGUAAGGACCUGUACAAAGGAUCCCACUUUUUUGUUUUGUUUUGUUUUGUUUUUUGUUUUGGUUUUUUCGAGACAGGGUUUCUCUGUAUAGCUCUAGCUGUCCUGGAACUCACUCUGUAGACCAGGCUGCCCUCGAACUCAGAAAUCCUCCUGCCUCUGCCUCCCAAGUGCUGGGAUUAAAGGCAUGCGCCACCUCCGCCCAGCUAGGAUCCCAUGUUUUUAAAGGUUCUUUAUCUGCAGGCUCAGUUUAUCUGGCUACUUCCUUCCUGCCUGCCUUUUACCCACAUAUCUUAGUAGUGCUCAAUGACAUGAGUGAAAAGUGCACUGCUCAGUGCCUGGUAUACUGAGAAAGUGGAAUUUGGUUCUCUAUGCUGCUCAGCAUCAGGUAGCCCUAAGCCUAGGAACCUGAGAUCUGUGCCUCUUUCCAUCUGUGUAAAAUAAAGAGAAACAACACUUGGAACUUGGGAACAGAAUUAGCUCACACUAUAGAAGCUAAUUUUCAGCCUCUGGAAUGUAUAAGCCAAUGAAUUGCCGCUGAAGACCUAGGAAGGUUGACGUCUUUGGUUGCCCCCAAGUGCAUCGGUUCUCAUAGAACAGUUUUGUUGAGGGGCAAAGCACAGAGGACUGAUACCUUUAUUCAAGCUGGAUUCUGAGAACGUCCUCAAUAAAGCACCAAGGAGAGGAGGAAUAGAGAGUCCUGAGUGCAUUUCAGUGGCACCAGGCUGUUUAACAAACCGUCGUUGUUUGAUAGAAAUGUUUAUCUCCGCCCUGUGUGCAAAGAAAGCACUUGCAGAGUCUAAAUGUCCUUGGAGACUGUUUUAUUAUUUUUCUGGAAACAAGUUGUUGAGUGUGGUCGUGAAAAUGCUGCUGUUACACUUACAUAAUAUUAUUCUGGGAGGCUUGGAAAAAGCUGCAGCUGGCCUCUCUCUGCCAUUGUAUAUGGCCAGCAGUGCAGACACAGCCGUCGUUGCCAGAAACAGAGUCCGUGGGAUCUUGGGAAGGACAAAACAAGAAAGUGACCCCCAAAGAGCAGAGUGCCCAAGUGAACUGGGUCAAUAUUACCGAUUAAAAACCAAAGCUCUGAGCUCUUGUUUCCCUGAAUUCCCCACGUCCACAGUUGGUUUGAAGAAGCUAUGUUUCAUCGGAAGAAUUGCAUCAGAAUCAGGCUAAAUAUUUUGCCUGGGAAAUUUGGCUGGUUGUGAAUGAGGAAGAUAUUUAUAUCCUACCUUCCCAGAGAACAGAUUAGAUGCCCCAAUGUACUUCCUUCAUCUGGUGGGUUCCCUGCUGGUACCACUGUAGAACCCACACAUGGUGUGUUCAUUUUCCAGAGAGUAAAAUUAAGUGAAGUUUGUUGAGGGGUAGGGAGGCAGGGUGGAUGGACCUCAAAGGUUGUAGCGGUACUUUUAGUUUCUUCCCAGGGUCCCAUGGGACUUAAAUAUGCUCUGAGGCUUGUGUAGGUUCUCUCAUUGCUGUUCCUGGUUGGCCCUCUCCCCUCCCUUCUGCACGACCUUUAUCCUUAAAAACUACCAUUUUCAGGGGGGAGUAAAUAGCUUCUUCAUUCUCCCAAGGCAAUAGAGAGGCUCAUCAGCAGGGGAAAAUUGGUGAGACUUAGUCCAGACCUGGGCUCUACCCUCAGCCCUCAGCCACUUUCUGUUUGCUUAUGUUGGAAAGCACUGGUGACUGACUGGACUAGAUGAGCUCACAGUUAGAUUUUAGGGAAACAGAAUUUAACCUUAAUCAAGUCUGAAGAGCUGACACAGAGAAACCCGGGGUCUGUGACUUGUCCCCAAGGGGUUGGUUGUCUCAGCCCUUAUCACUGUGGAAUUACAAAGAUAAAGAUCACCACCCUCCUGGUUCGUACCUGUCAUCCUAGAGCCGACCUAGAAAAGACAGCUGGGUCCCUUGUGACCUCAGCCUGAGCAAUCAAACCUUGAAGACUGAUGAUAGCUAAUGUUGAUUUCUUGAUAGCUCUCUGACCACCAGAGCAACCACAGGAUUGUGCUAAGCCAUAUUUUGUAAAGUUACCUUUAGUCGAUCAGCAAUAUGUUUUCCUGUAACUUUGGAAUGUUUUCUCAUUCUGACUUGUUGUCAGGGACUCAUUCUGACUUGUUGUCAGGGACUCUGCUGAAAAACAACCCGAUCAAUAUAAAAGCGUUCAAGCUAUGCAACACUA